AUGUCCGUUGAAGAAGCAAAAAAAACAAUUCAACAAGCAUCUGAUUUCAUUCAAGCAAAUGUUACUGCCCAUUUUAAAUCAGAAAGACCAUUCCAUCCUCAUUGUUUAAUUAUUUGUGGUUCAGGAUUAAGUGGUAUCACUUCUGAAUUGCAAAAUAAAGAUCAUCUAAUUUUACCAUAUUCCAUAAUUCCUGGCUUUGCAUCAAGUACAGUUCAAGGUCACAAUGGCGAAUUAUGGUUUGGCUUUGUUAAGCAAACCCCGGUCGUAAUUAUGUCCGGUAGAUUCCAUUUUUACGAAGGCCACUCUUUGGAUAAAAUCGUUUUUCCAAUUAGGGCCUUACAUGAGUUUUCUAUUAGCCAUUGUGGUUCUAGCUUGAAGACCUUGGUUGCUACCAAUGCAAGCGGUGGAUUAAACCCAAUAUACGAGGUUGGUGAUUUAAUGCUACUGUAUGACCAUGUUAAUUUACCAGGCCUAUGUGGAAAUAAUCCAUUAAGAGGGCCAAAUUAUGAUAAAUAUGGCCCAAGGUUUUUAGCUACAAGUGAUUGCUAUAAUUUAGAAUUGAGAAAAUUAGCCUUUCAAAAAAAAGAAGAACUGAAAAUACCCAGACAAUUACAUGAGGGUACUUAUUGCUUUGUAGCUGGGCCUACCUUUGAAAGUAGAGCCGAAUCUUUUCUACUUAGAAACUUUGGUGGUGAUACUGUUGGGAUGAGUACAGUUCCCGAAGUAAUUAUCGCUAGACAUUGCGGGUGGAAUAUUUUAGCUAUUAGCGUUAUUACUAAUAAAUGUGUUAUGGAAACACCAUCCAGUGCGCUAGACGAUGACCAAAUUCCUUUGGAUCAAGGGAAAGCCAAUCACGAUGAGGUUUUAGAAAUGGGUAAAGCAGCUUCUAAAGAUUUACAAGCCUUAAUAGAAGGUAUCGUAAGUGAAUUGUGA